AUGAAGGAUUUGUGUACAAAUAAGAGGAGGAUUAAAGGAAGUGAGAGAGUUAACUUGGGAAGAAAUAUUUCUGCUUUUAUUCAGCCCAAGCCUUCAUCUGAAAAAGUUACAAGCAAGAAAAAUGUUUCAGCCAUCACUCAGCUCUUGCCACAAAAGCAGAAGGAUCCGGGAACUUUUACUGUCCCUUGUACUAUCGGGGAUACAUACAGAUUAUUUUUCAAAGAGUACCUUAAGGCUGAUUUUUUUUUUAACAGUGAUGAAUAUUUUGCAAUGUCCUCGUCGUCGUCAUCAUCAAUGAGCGUCUUGAAGCUAAAGACGGUGUCAGAAGCAAACCCUAACGACGCCGCGAAGAAGGCUGAGACGGUGGAUCUCGGAAACGGAAGCGACGUCGUUUUCAUUCAGAGGUUAAUACCUUCCGAACAAUCAUGGAAAUGGUUCCAUUACCUCGACAACCACAUCCCAUGGACCAGACCCACCAUUCGCGUCUUCGGUAAAUCGUUCCUCCAGCCUCGAGACACUUGUUAUGUUGCAUCUUCAGGAUUGACUGAGUUGAGUUACAGUGGAUACCAGCCACAUGCAUAUUCAUGGGAUGAUUAUCCACCGCUUAAAGACAUCUUGGAUGCUAUUGCUAUGUUGAAAAACUCGUGUAAAACUGCAAUCAAGGAAUUGAAGCAUUGGAUGACUCCGGAAAAGGUCCAAACAUCCCUCACUACAUUUCCUGCUUCAGCUGAAAUAGUGUCUGAACCACUCGGAGUUGUGUUGGUCAUUUCUGCAUGGAACUAUCCAUUUUUGCUGUCACUUGAUCCAGUUAUUGGAGCUAUUGCAGUCGGUAAUGCUGUCGUCUUAAAACCAUCAGAAAUUGCUCCAGCCACAUCAGCAUUGCUUGCAAAUGCUUUGACGUUAGCUUAA